GCCGCACGGGCGCCUGCUCUCGCGUCUCGCACCAGCUCGAGACGAGAGCAACCGCCGGUUCGAUCCUCGUCCUCAUCGUCGAUCCGGCCGUCGCCAUUUGCAACCGCGAACCGUCCGGCGAACGACGCGUCUCCUCGACCGUCCCCCUGAGAUCCUCUACCGCACUCGCAGUUCCUGGGCCACUGUGCUCAGGCCUUACGGCAGCAGCUCUCCGUCGCAGCUUCCGUCGCGCCCUUCGGCCAACAGCGCGGCCUCUCGUCGGAAAAGCCUCCCGGCGCUCUUCCUAAGCCUCGCGUCGUAAACCAUCCCCUGAAGCCUUAUCGUCGGUCCAUGGACGCAGCUAUGCCGCCUCAGCCGCAGGUUGUGCAGCAGCCAGGGGCGAAAGCAUGGGCACCAGGGACCAGUCCGAACAAAGGCCGGUCGCCCAUCUUUGUGAUCCUGCUUCUCUCGCUCAUUCCGGUCAUGUUCGGCUGCGCUCUGGCCAUCCGCUACGCAACACGGGGCCCACGGGUUGUACGCACCGAAGCGGCGCCUACCACAGUGGCGCCUACCACCGCGGCGGUCGCAAUCACCACGACCCCAUUACUCUGGCCAUCGGCUACGUCAUCGGAAUCCCAUGAUACGGAACCCCAUGUUACGGGGCCCUUUAAGGAAACGACUGCUACGAAAGCCACUGUUCCGGAAACCAGUGUUACGGCAAGCGAUGUUACGGACACCAGUACUGUUGAAGGAAUCACUGUUCCGGAAACCAGUGAUACGGCAACCUAUGUUACGGACACCACUACUGUUGAGGGAAUCACUCUUCCGGAAACCAGUGAUACGUCAAGCGAUGUUACGCAAACCACUACUGUUGAGGUAAUCACUGUUCCGGAAACCAGUGAUACGGCAACCCAUGUUACGGACACCACUACUGUUGAGGGAAUCACUGUUCCGGAAACCAGUGAUACGUCAAGCGAUGUUACGGAAACCACUACUGUUGAGGAAAUCACUGUUCCGGAAACCAGUGAUACGGCAAAGGCUGUUACGGACACCACUACUAUUAAAGCAGCCACUGUUGAGAGAUCCAUUAUUGACCUGACCAAGCCGUACGCGCCGAGAAGGGGCUCUGAAGUCUAUCCCGAAGAUCAUCUGCCAAAAGACGUCACGCCGGAGGGUUAUGAGCUCACGAUUGCCCUGAACGGAACAAGACUGGCCGACGACAAGAUGCAAGUGACCGGCAAAGCAGUGGUCUCGUACAAGGUAGUCCAGGCCACCUCAAAGCUUGUCCUGAAGGCCUCGUCGACGACCAUCAAGCAUGUGAAAUUGGCACUCCUCGAGGCUCGCCCGGCUGAUGGAAAGGCCAAGGGUCUGAAUAUCACGACUCUGAGCUUCAGUCGCCAGUUCAUGAUCGCAAGGCUCGAAAAACCGUUGACAAAGAACAGCUUGUACACUUUGGUCGUGGAGUACGAGUACGACAAGGCUGCGCAAGGAGGACCGAUCAAGCUGGCGGCAAGGCUCCCCAACAUGGUGCUGGCGAAGGGCCAGGCGCACUCCUUGUUUCCGUGCUCCGAAGAGCAAGGCUGGAAUGUCCCCAUUAAUCUGACACUAAAGACGCCCAAUGGCUUGGUGGCUGUCUCAAAUGCGCCCCUGGAUGGGGAUCCAACAGAGGAUGGCGGGUUAACUGUCCACAAGUUCAAGCCAACGAAGGCCAUGCCACCGGACAUGCUUGCCUGGAUUGUGUUUCCAAAUACUAGGAAGCAUACGCCUGCUGUUCCAAACAAAUUGAACACAUACAUGAAGAAAGAGAAUGCGAACCUGACGGCAGCUGCAAAGAAGGCCUUUGAGUUUCUUGAAAAGUUCUUCCAGAAGACUGGCGGAGAACACAUCCCAAAGAUUGACAUGGUGUUCGACGAGCAUGCGGAGUCGCAGGAGAGCCUCGGCAUUAUUGUGCUGGCCGAAACCCUUAACGAAGAGCAAAGUUGUGCUAAAAUCGCCAGACAGUGGACACACAAACUGAUGAGCCAGCCAAACGAUCCCACUUGGCUAGGUUCCGCAGGCGUCGCCUACCUGUGCCUGCUGGCGGUAACGGAGGAAAGCGCGUUGCCAGCCAAGAUCCUGGAACAAGUGAAACACUGCACGGAGGCUACCCCGAAUAAUGACAUAAGGGACCUACUGGCGUUCCGCAUGGUGCACAUCAUUCUCGGUGACGCAGCCACCCAGACUGCUAUACAGGCAUACGUCACCGCACAUCUCUUUAAUGACACGACCAGUGAAAAAGAAAUGGCUGCUUUCAGCCCGAUUACUGCAGAAAACAUCGAUCACUGGCGCAAGGAAACUUUCAAGACAAAGAAGCUGAAAAGGCUGUUGGGAGCCACAAAAAAGAUCACAUGGGAGGAACCGACCACCGAUGCCACACCCUUCGCCAAGAACGCCACGACGGGUGCCGUAAAUGCUCGCGCUCCCACUGCUGUCGCCGUUGCCUGGCUGAACAAGACCCAUGCUUCUUUCGAGGUGACUGCCGAGGACACACAGCCCCUGUACGUGAACCCCUCCGUGAUGGCGUGCUACAGAAUCCAUCUCGACUCGGAGUGGUGGAAACUCAUUGGCAAAGACAUGGAGAAGACACCACCAGAUGCCAUCAACGCGUGGUACCUUCUGGGCGAGGCGGCAAAGCAGUUCGCAACAAUCAAGCGGGAAGCAGACUUCAGCGGCUUCGUGUGGAUGUGGGCUGCCCUGAAGUCCGGCGACACAGACUUGUGGGACGAGCACGUCAAGAAGUUUGUCGAAGCCGAGAGGGUGGUCUACUCCCUGCUCGACACGGAAAGGGCCGAGACCAAUUUCACGGCACGCAUCAAGGCCGUGAUAGCAGCCAGGGUCAAAGCCAUCACAGCGAAAGAAAUAACAGCCGCAAACGCUAAGAAGGCACCUGUCCUGCUCGCCAACCUGGCGUGCGAGAUCGGGAUGAAGGAAUGUAGCGAGCUUGUCCCCGUUGCCGUCAGUGCCAAAGCACUUGACAAAGACUUCGAUUCCGCACCUCUGGCCCAGGAGGCGGUAGCCUGCUCUUUCGGCUCUGCUGUGACGAACGAAACAGAGUUCGACGCCAAGAUGCCGCUGGCGACGGGCCACAAGCCGCCCUGGCCUGUACGCUUGGCCUUCUGCGGUUGCAUUCCCAUUCCGAGCGAGUCGGACAAGCUGACCGAUAAGGUCAACGCGCAGUACAGACGGGCGCUCAGGAAACACUGGACAGUCGACGAGGCCGCGCCCAUUCGUGUUCCACACGGCCUGCGUAAAUUGGCACUCGAUACCUUGACUUCUACGACUAAGGAGCCUCACGUGUACCAACAAUAUCUGAAGAGCGCUGCAGCCUUGAAACUUGUACGAAGCACGGAUGAGCUGAAAAAGAUACGGGAAGCAGCAUCCAAACGGGGUAUUUCGGAUGCUGACUUGAAAGAAGUCCAGGACAGCGUCGUACAGGUGAAUGCGUCCCUCCUGGAAUGGAUCAACUACUCACCGCCGACGCCUUAAGUGCGCCAGCGCAAAGAGUACCCAACUGCGUGGUGCCAGCCACUCCCCGAUAUGGAGCCACCUCCAAAUAAAUUGGUUUGGCCCUCCCAGGCCUGUGAACAUACUAGAUUGAACAGU